AUGUCAAGACAGCUCAAGGAAUACCCUCAAGUCACGGCGCAUGACCUGCGGCAUAGGACUCAACGGCCGCGUCGAGUUAAAAUGCUGACUAGAGAAUUCAUUGACGACAGCCUGUAUAACCCCAACUACGGCUACUUUACCAAGCAUGCGACGAUCUUCAAUGCCGGAAAGCCCUUCGAUUUUGCCUCGAUCAAGGACGGCGCGGAGUUCAAUCGUCUGGUGGACCUGAGCUAUAUUGAAUUUGAAAAUGCCCUGGACGAGAUCGAGCCGGACGAGACGCGACAACUGUGGCACACUCCCACCGAACUCUUCCGGCCAUACUAUGGCGAAGCGAUUGCGCGGUAUCUGGUCACCAACUACAAGAUGACCCUGUUCCCAUACCACGAUUUGAUCAUCUACGAGAUGGGCGCAGGGAACGGGACCCUGAUGCGGAACAUACUCGACUAUAUCUACGAAUACGAGCCGGAAGUCUACAGCCGAACGCAGUUCAAGAUCAUCGAGAUAUCCUCCGCGUUGGCCGAGUUGCAGCUGACCAGCCUGCGACGGUCACCUUACGCCGCCGAACACUUGGACCACGUCCAGAUCGUCCAUCGGUCAAUCUUCGACUGGAAGGAGUACAUCCACUCGCCGUGCUUCUUCCUGGCGCUCGAGGUCAUCGACAACUUUGCGCACGACUGCCUGCGUUACGACCCCGAGACGGAGCAGCCGCUUCAGGGCAGCGUCCUCAUCGACGAGGACGGGGAGUUCUUCGAGUUCUACGACCGCAAUCUCGACCCGCUGGCGCUGCGGUACCUUCGCGUGAGGGAAAUCGCCGCCCGCUCGCCCUUCGUCACGCCCGUCACCCAGUAUCCCCGACUCCUGCGCCAACUCCGGCACGCCCUCCCCUUGUCGCCCAACCUGAGCAAGCCGGAGUACAUCCCGACGCGCCUGCUCGAGUUCUUCGACAUCCUCAACCAGUACUUCCCGGCUCACCGCCUCGUGCUGUCCGACUUCAACUACCUCCCCGACGCCGUGCCGGGCCUCAACGCCCCCGUCGUCCAGACGCGCUACCAGCGGCGGAACGUGCAGGUGUCCACGCCCUUUGUGCACCAGGGCUAUUUCGACAUCUUCUUCCCGACCGACUUCACCAUGAUGGAGGACAUCUAUCGCGCGAUCACGGGCAAAUUGACGAGGGUGUCAAGUCAUAGGCAGUUUCUGGAGAGCUGGGCGCUGGUGGAGCAGACGGAGGUCCGGAAUGGGGAGAAUCCCAUGUUGGCGUGGUACUCCAAUGCGAGCGUGAUGACUACUGUAUAG